CUGUGCCGCAAUGCUCCUCGCAGCGCGCACGCCAGGUAAAAGCAACGAUGCGGCACCGCGAGGACCACUCGUCCUACUUUCGCCCUUUGAUACCCACUGUCACAAGUCUCGAGUUGAUGGCGCUUUCCUCCUGAGCUACGUGUCGCCCUAGCUACGGAUCAGAAUUUUUCGAGAAACGAGUCAGCCAUGAAGAGUUGGAAACACGCCAAUUGGAAUCCUUUCGCGAGGGGUCGUUUGAAUGGCGAGGAUGGACUGGAUGCCUCGUCUCAUUUGGCGGGUUUGCAAGCAGAGAGGGAAGAACUACGGGAGCAUGCCAAUGCGUUACCAUCAUCACGAGGACCUACUAAGCCGGAAUCGACAUCGAGUGCCAGCAUGACGAAAGUCGCGAGCUGGCCCGAAGAGGCAAGGCCGCUGAAGCAGCACACCUGGGUGUCGUACCUGUAUCUGAUUGGGGACGUGAUAUUGGCGUUGCUACCUGUUUACUUCAUCCUGCUGGGCGUUGCUGCCAUUGUACUGAACGGGCAACCGACGAAGGAUAAUGGCUUCGGGAAAAAGGUCGAGGUUGCUACCGAUUUGGGUCCGACUCUAUUUCCCAUUGUUUUUGCGGCUAUUAGCGGUCGCAGUAUGAAGAUGAUUGCUCGGUAUCUGGCAGAGAGGGGCGCCAAACUGAGUACACUUGAGCUACUCAUGGCCAGCCAAUCAGUGUGGGGCACCGUCGAAAGCCAGCUGUUGAUGAGACGACUUACUCUGGUAGGAGCUAAUCUGCUCUUCCUGUGGGCAAUGUCUCCAUUGGGCGGUCAGGCGUCUCUUCGAUUAUUGGAGACUAAGAUAAGCUCCAAUUCCACAUGGACUACGCUACGGUAUCCGUCCAUGGGACCUGGAGCCUUGGCCUUCGCAAUGGAGGGCACCUACAUUAGCAAUGCGGAUCUGGCCCCGGUCAAUCCAAUCUUCACAGCAUCGAUAUUGGCUCCUGGUUCCAUCAAGAACAGCAUGGAAGACGCCUGGGGGAACGUCAAGAUCCCACGUGUAGAAAGUCUCAACGCAUCUGUCGCGGAUAAAGACGGGUGGAUCACUGUUAACCAAAACGCCGUCGCCGCAGAGAACUAUUCUAGCCUGGUUGGGAUUCCCGUUAUUGGUCGACCUCAGGAUAGGGACGCAAAAUUCAACCUAGAGACAAGUUAUAUGACCAUGGACUGUCAACCGUUCCGUCAGACUAGCAUUCCCAGGUUCAAUUUUUCCGAAAUGGAACGUCUUGUUCCUGGGAGUGGCGAUAGGUGGUUCAAUCUUUCUACGGCCAAAGACCCUCUGGACCAGUCAACCUUCUAUCUACGGACUGUGUUUCCCUACGUUGAUGCGGAUUACACUAAUCCUAGAGUUGAAGCGCUUUUCGGGUUUGUGAAUGACUCACUGACAACCACUUUCGAAAAACGCGUCAUCACGUACGCUUCGGGUUUUUAUAGAGCCGACGUAUUCGCCAUGAACGUAGCGAAUUGCUCGGUAAGUCAAAUGCACCUCGAAGCAACCGUCUUCUGUGAAAAGGAUCGCUGUCGAGUUCAGCGUGUCCGCCGUGCACCGUCCGUUCAUGUGGUCGAGGAGUUGACGCCACUCGAGCAUGGCUUGGUACGCGAUAAGCUAUUCAACUCCAUCACCAAAGCAUUCGGACCACUUGCCAAAGGAUCAGUCCCUACUGAGCAGUUCAUCUUCAACACCUCAACAUUCCCAAUGGUCCCACCGACGGCUGAGAUCACCGAUAACCCAGGAUGGAUGGAUCUCUCCCUGCUGCGACCAGAGGUUUUCUCACGACGAUUAGCGCUCGUAUUAAACACUUACUAUCAACUGAGCCUUGCACCCGAGGCCUACACGGGCACUCUCCCCGCCGGCAAUCUCACAUUGUACGGGCCCGAACCAUCCGGUGAAUACGACCUAGAUGCAUAUCUGCCUCCGGGCAUGUCAGCCCGAUCCAACACCAUUUCGGAGUGGUAUCAGGCAUUUGGACGGCGUGUGACUGACGCGCAAUUCAUGUUUGUUGGAGCGGCAACGAAUGCAACCGUCAUCCAGAAGGAAGAAAUUUAUGCUUGCAAUUACGCGUGGACGGCAUUGCUGAUGACCGCCGCAGGAAUCCUUCUGCUCAUUGGGUCGACAUCACUUGUCCUGAAACGCAAAACACUCGGCCCUGAGAUGUUUGGCUUUGUAGCGAGCAUGACCUAUGAGAACCCUCACGUGAAUAUUCCCAGAGGAGGGACGAUGCUAGACGCGAUGGAGCGGGCACGAUUGUUGAAAGAUAUGGAAGUGCGAAUUGGCGAUGUGCGUGUCGACGGCGACGUUGGACACAUAGCGUUCGCAGCAGGUGUACCCUUACGAAAGUUGGAGAGAAGUCGAACAUACGUCUGAUCAACUGUCAAGAGAAGGGCCAGGGAAGCUUGCUGGAUUAUGCGGAAGGGAAAAGAACUACGGAGUACUGUGGGAGGGGAUUGUGGCUGGGAGCUGGAUGAAACGAAGGAUUUGCGAUCAUGGUCCCUUCAAAAAC